GGUAGCUUUCAGUGUGUGCGGCGUCUGUUACUUUUUAAAUUUUAUAUCGCAAUUUAUUAUCCGCGCAUUUUACGUACAUAUAUACGAGUUAAUUGUUGUUGGCGCGCUUUUAACAAUUUUUCCAGGGGGGUUUUUCACGCUCGCGUCCGAAUCGUCGUCGUAAAAACCUUCUUCGUCGUCGAGUCGAGUUAUUCUAUACGUAUAAUAUUUUUCUCGAUUUUUUUUCAUUUUGUUUUUUUUUUUUCGUUUCGUUUCGUAUCUGGUAUCGACAUCGAAUCAUAUACAGUACAGAUGUAAUAAUAAUUUUCGUGGUUUUUUCCUCUCCCCUCCCUUUUUCCUCGUCGUAUACGAGAUCGUUAUCAAUAUUGAGUAUCAGUGAUAAGAAGUUACGGUGAAAUUUUGAUAGCAUGUUAGACAUUCUUCGAUGUAACAUGGUCCAGAGCAACGAUACUUUGCAUCCUUGUUCGGCAAGAUCUAGUAAGUAGUGCUGAUAUAUUGAAAAAUAUACUAAUUUUAUAGGCUAUACUUUUGGCCACCUGUGUUUUCGUGGUUCGUUCGAUCCGUUGUGGUCUUCAUCGAGUCCAUUGGGCCCUUCUCAGCGAUUCGAAAACAAGCACUCGUUGGGAUACGUUGACACCGAGUUUCCCAAAACUGACCCAAGGGGUUCCCCAAACCAAUCUGUUUUCUCGGAUGCAUAAAGCCCAUACUCGUAGUAUGUUUUAUGGUAUUCUGUCCCGGAACCGGCGACGACGACCUUCAAAUCGACGGUAUGACGGUCAAAAAGCCUGUGGUAAAAUGUGGUCAAGCUGCGAAAAAGCUAAUUCCUAGAGAACCUAGUCCAUGCGACUUGAAACCUCAACCUCAACCUCCUCCAUCCCCAAAUAAGGACCCACCUUCUCGAAACGGUGUCAUUGUAAAAAAUGACUUAGGAUACCAAGUGAAAAGCGAAAGAAUACUAUGCGAAGGUUGCGGCCAUAAAAUUCAGGAUCGAUAUUUAAUGAAAGUUGGAGACGGGAGCUGGCACGAGCACUGUUUAGCUUGUUCGAUAUGCGGUAUACAAUUAAGUCACUCUUGUUACUCCAGGAAUAAUAAAUUCUAUUGUAAAAUGGACUACGAUCGGUUAUUUGGUGUAAAAUGUACGAGAUGUGGAGUGACAAUAUUACCACAAGAGAUGGUAAUGCGAGCCCAAGACUACGUUUACCAUUUACCCUGUUUCAUAUGUAUAAUGUGUUGCCAACCUUUACAAAAAGGCGAACAGUUCGUGCUACGAGGAGGCCAAUUAUUCUGCAGACCUGAUUACGAAAAUGAAAUGCUCCUAGUUCAACAGUCUUCGUCUCCAGAAAACUUGAUAAUAAAUGAGAAUUGUCGACCAAGAGAUGGAAGAAGGGGACCUAAAAGGCCUAGAACUAUUUUAACAUCCGUUCAAAGGCGUCAAUUUAAAGCAUCUUUCGAAGUCAGUCCGAAACCGUGUCGAAAAGUUAGAGAAGCUUUAGCCAAAGAUACCGGACUAAGUGUCAGAGUAGUUCAAGUUUGGUUUCAAAAUCAAAGAGCCAAGAUGAAGAAAAUACAACGAAAAGCUAAACAAGAAAAUGAGAAAAAUUGUGAUAAAAAUGAUAAAGGUGAAUCAGAUAUGAAACAAGAAAACAUUGGAUCAGAUCAUAGCACAUAUAUCGGGGAACAUUCCGGCGAAAGUUUCUGCAGCUCAGACGUAUCUUUAGACGGAAGUACGAACAUGGAAGAAGGCACAGGAUCAGAUAGUCUGUCAUUAGAUCUAAGUAUGACUUCAAGAAGUCACGACAACAGCAAUUCCUUACACCAUAGCUCGAUGUUAACCCAAGUCAAUCCUAUAGAUAAACUAUACCUAAUGCAAAAUUCAUACUUUAGCGCCAACGAAUAAUAAUAAAAUUCAUUCGAGCGUUACAAGCAUAGCUUUAUACUUAUAUCCUUAAAACGAUACAAUUUGAAAACCUAGUGAUAUUAUUGUUUUUAUUUUUUCGAAAAACAAUUGUAAUAAUUUUUACAAUACAUUUCAAACAUUUAAUGUAAGUACAACUUUGAAUCAUUCCUCAGUCAAUAUUAAUUCGUGUAAUUUUUGAAAAAAACGAGAUUUUUUGUAUUGUUUUUUUUUCUCCUUUGAAUGUGUGUUAUUUUGCUGUGCAUAAUUUUAUCAGUGUUCUUUCUUUUUACAAAUAAUGAUGUUAUGAAAAUAUACAUGUAUGUGUCUGUACAUUCACUACCCUGAUCGUUUUUGAUUAUGUUAUAAUGUAAUUUUCAAUACAUCGAAAGCUACGAUGAUUUCGAUUUAACAUUUUGUUAUGUGUAAUAUGGUGUUUCGGAUUUUUAUUCAACAAAAUAAAUGUCGUAAUUGCUGUUUUA